ACUCUUCCAGCUGUUCUAACAAUCAACCAGUUAAAAUGGCUGCUGCAGCUACAUAAAUCAUUUAUUGCCAAAAGUUUUUAAUUGCUGUGCAUAUUCGCCAGAAUUAAAGCUGUAUAAGCAGUUUGCCAGCCAAAAACAACAUUCCAGUUGCUCGCAACUUGCCAUUUUACUGUGCUUAAAACGUCGCGAGCAUGUCGAUUGGUUGACUACAAUAUUUAAUUGUAUUGACCUGACCAGACGCGAAGAUUUGCGAAGACUUGCGCGUGGCACGCCUAAGGGAAUACAAUACACAACAACAAAAGCUGCAAACGAGAUUUUAACCUGGCCUAAUUUAACAGGAAAAUUGGCUUUUACAUUUCAUGAGUAAACAUGAAGCGCUCCAGCAGCAACAACAACAACAGUUGUACACGUAGCCACAGCCUUUACCUGGCGAUCGGCAUUCUCUGGAGUGUCUGCUGCACGCUGGCUACGUCUGCUGCUGUGAACGAGAAUCAAAGCACUCAACGUUAUCUACAUAAUGUCGCUGUUGGCAGCGGGAGCAACAGCGAGCGUCUACAGCAAAUGCUGAAAGGUGUUGGCGCAGCCGAAAUUAAUUGGCCACAGCGCGCCAAACCGCAAGUCACCGAUGUGAAGACUGAGUUAGCCAAACUGAACACCACCUAUGUCUAUCAGAAUAGCUGGCCAGCGAAUAAUGUGAAACUGGGCGCCGUCACCGCGGUUAGCUUCGACAAGGCCGGCAAUGUGGUCAUAUUUCACAGAGUCGAUCGGAUUUGGGAUCAAACGACGUUUAACACUGCGAACGUAUACCAGGAGCGCAAUCGAGGUCCCAUUAAAGAGAACACUGUGCUGGGCCUUGAGCCGGACUCUGGCCAAGUGCUCUACGAAUGGGGUAAAAACUUCUUUUACCUGCCGCACGGCUUGAGCACUGAUCCCGAGGACAAUGUUUGGGUCACCGAUGUCGCUAUGCACCAGGUAUUUAAAUUCUCGCCUCGUGGCGAGGGCGGUAAACCACUUCUGACACUGGGCACUGCCUUUCAUUCGGGCAAUGGUCCAAAUAAAUUCUGCAAACCCACCGCGGUGGCGGUGCUGAACAAUGGGGACUUCUUUGUAGCCGACGGCUAUUGUAAUGCGCGCAUUAUAAAAUACACGAAGGAGGGCGAACAGAUACUUGUCUGGGGACAAAACUCCUUUUCUGGCUACUCCUAUGAUGUGGCGCCGGCCAAUUUCUUUGCAAUUCCACAUGCACUGACCCUGGUGCCCGAACUGGAGCUGCUCUGUGCCGCCGAUCGUGAGAAUGGACGCGUACAGUGCUUCUACUCGAACAGUGGUACUUUUCAUUCCCAAUACCAUAGUCCGCUCAUUGGUGAUCGUCUGUUCAGCAUGGCCUAUACACCUGCAGCGGGCGGCCAGCUGGUGAUCGUUAACGGACCCACCGCCGAACUGGGUGUAUCCUCCCCGCAGGACCACAACGAAGUGCAUGGCUUCGUGAUGAGCAUGCGCACCAAACAGUUGGUCUCCAAGUUUGGCCCGAACAAUCUGCAAUUCGAGAAUCCGCACGAUGUGGCCGUCACUGAGGAUGGCAAUACGAUUUAUGUGGCUGAACUGAGUCCCAAGCGCAUACACAAAUUUGUGCACAAAUCGCUGGCCAAGCCGAUGUCCCUGUCCGCGACAAAGCAAAUCUCUAAAAGCGACAUGUCUGUAACGGCUAGCGAUGUGGAUGCGACACGGACUCGCCAUCAUCCCAGCGGCAAGGCCAUAAUGGUGGCGUCGAUGAUGCUCCUAUUUGCCGGCUCCACAUUCGUUCUGGCGCUGAUUAUGGCGCGCCGCCGCAAACGAGGUAAUCAAGUGAUCAGCUCGAUGCCACCCAGUGAUUUGGUCUAUCGCGAGCUGGCCGCUUCCAAUCAAAGUUGCCUGCCAUUUGGCACACACAAUCGCCGGCAUGCCUGGGAGAAGACCGAGGGCUUUAAGCUGGGCGGACUGCUCGAUCGCAAUGGCUUUGAGAAGCUCGAUCAGAAUGCCAGCGAUGAGGAGCACGAUCCGGAGACGACAACGCUCUCGCAGUUCGCCUAGGCGACAGUAAACACAUACACAUACACACACACACACACCUGGACCAAGAGACUUAUCUAUUUUGUAAAGCUAACGAAGCAUUCCUAGUUCUAGUUCUGAAUACCUCAGUGAAUUUCUUUUUAUACAUGUUUUAUUUAUUCCACUUUACCAUGUGAUUGUGUAUACUUUCU